AUGAGUUAUUUAGCUUAAUCAAGUCGAUUAACUGCUCUACUAAUAAGUCUGAAAAAUAAAAAAUUAAUAACACCUGAUCAAUAUACUCGUCUUUGCGAUUAUGCCAUUAAUGAUAAUGCUGAAUUGAAAUAACUAUUUGUGGAUUAUGAAAAGGGUUUGUCUUAAAAUGAUUUUCUCUCAGGAGUUUCAAUCAUUCUCAAUGAUAGAAAUGGAUGCGAACAUAUAAUUAAAUCAUAUUUUGAAUCUGUUGUCAGUGUCAAUUCGUAAUUGAAAGGGAAAAUAAAGGAAUUUUAUAGAGAUAUCAAGACCAACAUGAACGAAAUUUAUGAGGAAUGCUUUAAAGCACAACAUCACUUGCAAGAAGUUAAAGAUUUGAUCAAAAUAGUCUUAAAACAAUUUUAUGUGGAAGAAUUUUAUUUGAUUCAAUUUGAAGAAGGACAUUAAUGUGUUAUUCUUACAAAUAAUUUCGAUUUCAGAUUCUUUAAAGAAGAAUACAAAAUUAGUUCUUGGGCACACAAAUAAAAUGCUCAUCAACUAAACAACACCUCAACAGAACAUCACUCUUUACUGAAAACUCACAAUCUCCCAAAGUAGUACAUCAUCUCACAGCAUGCUGUCCUAUUUUUGACUUUUAGCGACAAUGUCAAUAAAACUUAUUCAUAGUAUUUCAUGGCUACUUUUCUUUAUGAUAAAUUUAUCAAUUUGAUUUACUAAGGUUACUAAAUUGUAGGAUUAAAGAAGAUGUAAUCCAUUAGAACAGAAAUUCUAUAAUUAGUCUCCAAAACCAUUUUAUUGUAUAAUUAUAAAUUGAUGUUCCAAAUAUUAGUCUAGAUCAUGCAAUAGUUUAAUUUAUCAAAUUUAUUGUGUCAGUUCGAAAAGGAAUUGACCAAACAACAGACUGUUUCUAAUUAUUUAUUAAUACUACUUUCAAGCGAUUUAGAUAUUAUUGGCAUCGAAUUAGAAGGCAAACUAUCACUUCAAUUAGUAGAUAAAGUCAAAAGCACCUUUAAAAAGUCAAUCAAAAAAUAUAAGAAAAAACUGAAAUCAAAAAAAGACCUAUUAGAAUCAUUCUAACAGGUUACUUAACACAAUGAAAUGAUUAUGUGUUUAUUCUUCAACAAUUACCUGAACCUAUAUUACAUGACCGUUCAAUGGAACCACGAUCAAUUUGUUUCAAAAUAUAGUCUACCCAAAGAAAUCAAUUAUGGGGAUCCCAUUUAUAAAAUAUUUGAUUAAAACCCCACCAUUAUUUAAAAAGUAAAAGAGAUUAUUGACUCUCCAAACGAUCAUUUGGAAUUUAAUGAUGGCUUUUUUAAGUUCUCCUUAAAGAUAGAAAGAGGAUUUAAACAGCAAAUCAAAUAAAUAUCCAUCUUUUUAUUUAACAUCUAGGUGAAAAGACCCCUGGCUGAAUUAUUUAGGAUAUUUAGGAACAAAGUGAAGAUCUUACUUACAAUAAGAAAGGCAACCUUGGCCUUUAAAUCGAAAUAGCUAAUGAUGGAAAAUCAAUUUCUCAGAUAAUCAGCCUUAGUUAUGUACCUUCCAGACUAGGACAGGAAUAGAAUUACUUAAACUCAUAAUCAAGAUCAUGAUUAAGACUUAGAGAAAUAUCGAAGUUAUACUAUGAAAUAGGCGACAAAAAAAUUAUAAACAUUCUUGAACAAGAAGGAUGAAGAAGAUAACAAAAAUCCUGAACUUAGAAGAAUUGCAAUAGACCCAAAUUUAUAGUAAAAAUUACUAGAUUACGAAUUUAACCUACUAAAUAAGAAAAUGUAUAAAAAUAAAUUCAUCAUUGCUUAUAACCUAUUUCACAUGUGCGAAUAUACAAAGUAGUAUCCUUUGCUGACUAAAGAAUUUAUUAAUUUCAUAACAGUGUUGAAAUAUAAGUAUAAUAAAAAAUCGAAUCCAUUUCACAACUUUACUCAUGGAGUCAAUGUUAUGCAUGGAUGUUAUUUAUUUGGUCAUCAUUAAAAAUUUGGCUGCUAUUUUUCAGAUUUGUAAAGAUAUGCUAUGACUUUUGCUGGAUUGUGUCAUGAUGUAGAUCAUUCUGGAACUACUAAUUUAUUUUAAGUGAAUGCUUAAACUAAACUAGCAUUACUAUACAAUGAUAAGUCAGUUCUUGAAAAUCAUCAUGUUGCAGUAACUUAUAAAUUAUUAGCACACAAACAAUGUGACUUUUUUGGCACAAUACCAAAAUAGGAUAGAAUAACCAUAAGAAAAUAUGUUGUAAAUAAUAUUUUGGCUACUGAUAAUCAGUAUCACUUUAAUCUGUUAAAUGAUAUUGAAAUUCGAUUUGGAUAAUCUAAAGGAGAUCCCAAAAUUUUUGAAACUGAAGAAAAUAAACUAUUACUAAGUGGGUUCUUAACACAUGCAGCUGAUUUCUUUGGUGCGGCAAAACAAUAUCAGGUAGCAAGAGCAUGGAGUGAAAGAUUAAGAAAGGAAUUUUAGGCUUAAUCCUAAUUAGAGGAUAUCAUUGGCAUUGCUUAAACACCAUAUCUACGUAAUUUAGAUAACGAAGUUUAGUAUGCAAAGAAUGAAGCUGGAUUCUUAAAAGUCAUUGUUAAACCAAUUUAUGAGUCGUUAAACAAUUAUUCAGAUGGAGCCUUGUCACUUCAAUUAGGAAAUAUUAACUUAAGUAUCAAGAAAUAUGAAGAGAUUAUUGAAUCAGCAAAUUAAUGAUCAUAAUUGUAUAUUUAAUUAUAUCAACAUUCAGUAUAUGUAUUGCA